AUGGCCACAGAAGGACCUCGUCCUGGCUUUUUGGGGAACCUGAAUCCCGAACAACAAGCCAAGCUACGGAAACUGUGGACAAUCGUACUCAAGGCGACUGAUGCCGAUAAGUCGUCAAGCGGAGAUGUCGACGAGAAGACAUCUGAACCCGCACAAAACAAGGUUUCCAGCAAACCCGCACUCAGUCCUUGCUCGCAACAAGUCCUUGAUGAUCUGAAACAAGCCGGAAUCGGUGCGCAAGAGACAAAGAGACUCCAAAAGUCAUUUUCAGCAAUUUCCCCCAGCGAAUUGGGCAGUGCAAUUUUCGAAACUCUCAAGCAAGAUCAUCCAGAUGCUACACUACUGCGCUUCCUUCGCGCCCGUAAAUGGAACAUCAGCAAUGCCUUCCUCAUGAUGAUGGAAGCCAUCGUCUGGAGAGCAAAGGAGAUGCACGUUGAUGAUGACAUACUGGUUAAGGGUGAGCUGCACGCAUGGAAGCAAGCGCAAAAUAAAUCAGAUCCUAGCGAGAAGAAGGCUGGAGAAGACUUUUUGGCGCAAUUGCGCCUAGGAAAGGGUUACGUCCACGGAACUGACAAGGCGGGUCGUCCAAUUGUCGUUGUUCGGGUUCGGCUGCAUAAGCCUGGCGCACAGAGUGAAGAGACUCUUGAGCGUUUCAUUGUUCAUCUAAUUGAGUCUGUGCGACUCAAUCUUUCUCCUCCAUUGGAGACAGCCGCCGCUAUCUUCGACAUGACUGGUUUCUCUUUGUCCAAUAUGGAAUACCCGCCUGUCAACUUCGUUCUAAAGUGUUUCGAGGCAAACUACCCAGAGUGUCUGGGCACUAUGAUCAUCCACAAUUCUCCGUGGGCAUUCUCUGGCAUCUGGAGACUGAUACGAGGCUGGAUGGAUCCUGAAAUUGCGGCCAAAGUCCAAUUCACCAAUUCGGCAGACGAUAUAGCCAAAUAUAUCGACCGCGAUAAUUUUCCUAAAGAGAUCGGCGGUACUGACGAAUGGACGUACAAAUACAUCGAGCCCGAAGAGAAUGAGAACGCAAAGAUGGAGGAUACCACGACCCGAGACGCUCUCUGCGAGGAAAGACGCCAAAUCAGUGAAGAGUUUCUUGCUGCGACUAUUGAUUGGAUCAAAGUCACCGACUCUAAAGAUGAGUCACUAACUAAGUCCGUUGAAAGCCGAAGAGACGAUCUUAUUGAACGUCUGCGGUCUAACUACUGGAAGUUGGAUCCAUACGUCCGGGCACGUAUGUGUCUUGAUCGAGUAGGAGUUGUUAAGAGUGAAGGCAAGAUCGAUCUUCAAUCCAAAAUCCAAGACUGA